AUGGAACUGAAAUCUGUGAAAAAGAUCAGCAAUGCACCACAUCGUACGGAUAUCGUCGACAUAUCUUUGAUGCAUGAGGACUCCUACGGAGCCUUGUUAUCCACUGUGGCCGCAGACCACUCAAUUACAAUUUUCUCACUAGAAGCUGACGGUGGUGAAAGAAAGGACGCAUUCAAACUUUACAACGAAGCUAAACCAACAUGUAUGUGCUCUCAAUCCUUUUCCUCACAUGAGUGGUUACUGUAUGUUGGCGGCGAAAAAAGUGCUGUAACGACCUGGCUAGUAACGGCAUCUGACAUCCAGGUUUCGGAUCCGAAAUACGUCGCGUCCUCUGUGUACUGUCGAGAUCACUACGGUGCUAGAGUCGUCUCCAUUGCCUCAAAUAGUGAUGUAUGUUGUUGA